GGUGCGUAAUCCAUGGGCGUUUGACAGGUUGUCUGGUCUGAUUUGACAGUUUGUGGAGGGACGUUGAAGGGAGUGUGAUGCAGUGUGGUGUAGGACGUUGGUAGUUAGCUGCAUCGAUGUGGUCUUGAUAACCGACAAAAUGACAAGUAAAAGGGGCAAUACGAUACGGAUUCAAACAGAGAUCGAGAAAAACCGGGAGGAUGGCAAUUGGAAAAAAGUUAUAGAAUUGGCUGAAACUCUAAAGAGUCAAGAAGCAAGUUUUGAAUGUCUAGCAAAUUUUUUAUGUGGAGAAGGAAGGUUGGAGAGCUUUUUAGAAGAGACGCCGCCAAUUGAGGCAAAUAUAGGUAAAGCUCGAGCUGGACUAGUAGAAACAAAAAAACAUCUUCUUUUGGCUGCCAAUGAGAAAGGAGAGAAGGCGCUUGUUGUUUUGGAUGCCCAUCUACUGCUAGGAAAACUGCACUAUGCAAUGGGAAUGUAUGAAGAAUCUCUUUACCACUAUCAACAGGCCGAACUCCAUACAUUAACAGAGAAGCAAUUACCUUGUAGGAGUUUGCGUAUUAUAGCUGAGUCAUACGCAAUAAAAGGUCUCUGCCUCGAGAAGCAGCCACCAAAUUUGAAGUCGAAAUUUAAGGUUGCAGAGUGGCAAGAACAGAUGAUAAAGUGUUUUGAAAUUGCCGGAGAUUUAACUAUGCUGUACCUGCAGGAACAGGACAAGAUUGCUCUCCAGCAACAAAUCAGCACCACCAGUACCUUAAACUCCAAUAGUAUAGGUUCUUAUUCUCCUCAACCUCCCCCAAGUUCUACAAAAUCAAUUGGUCCAAUUUUAGAAACAGCUUUACAAAGAGCUCCUAUACUUUACAUACAAGCAAUGAACAUCCAAGCUGCUAUAAACCGAUAUAGAAGUAUGCUGUCUGCUGUGGAAGCUACUGCCACCCAGAGACUUCGUUUAACUUUGACCCGACAGCUGGCUGAAGUCCUACUGCGAGGUGUCACAGGCAAUACUUAUACGAGACCCGAAGGCAAUUUAGAUAUAUCAGGAAACCGUAAACCAGCUCAUCAUUCCAAUAGCAACUUGACGGAGUCACCGUGGAAACCAAAGAAAUAUACAGGUUUAAAUUUAUUCGACCCAAGGAGCGAGUGCGAGGAGAUAAUUCUGCUCCUACUGAUCAGUGAGGCUAUGGCAGUACGAGAUACAGUGCUGAGUCAGUCACCUGAAUUUAAAGAAGCUAGAAUACACGCCUUUGAGAAUGCAACAGCUGUACAUGAUCUGCUCACCAUUGCCGUUGUGCGAUGGGGUCAAGUCGGACUUUUACACGAGUCAUUCGAAAGGGCCAUGAAGUUUUCACAUGGUGAAGCUCAUGUUUGGAUGCAACAUGCUCUGUGUCUUAUCAGCCUUGGUAAACAUGCUUUGGCAUAUUCAGUUCUGAAAAUUGUGACUCGACUCUCACCACAAAAAGUAAUGCCGUGUCUCUUAGCUGCCAGACUUUGCUAUGCGCACCUGAAUUUGAUUCAAGAAGGGAUUGACUGGAGUCACAAAGCUCUACUGAAAGAAGCUGCUAGCCCGCAAGCACUUCAGUCACGUUGUCAUUUAUACAUAGGAAUUGGGCACAGCAUGCUUUCAUCGACGACCAACAUCAAGCAGGACAAGUUACAUCACUCUAACGCAGCGCUCGACUGUUUCCAUAAGGCUCAGCAGUGCGAUCCUAAUGACCAUCUAGCGGAAUAUUACUUAGCGCAUGAGUACGCGAUAAACAGGCAGAUAAACGAGGCGAUGGUACAUGUUAAAAUUGCAUUGAAUCUACAUGCAGAGCAUGUUCCGUCCCUCCACCUGUUAACCUUGCUGCUUUCUGCGCAUAAGCAGUAUGCCGAAGCAUUAUCACUUGUAGAAACUGCUUUGGACGAGUACCCAGACAACUUGAAUUUACUUUAUGUCAAAGCACAUCUAGAAUUGCAUAGUGUAGGAGGGGAGGAAGCCCUGACUACUGUGAAACAUAUGUUAUUUCUAUGGAAGAAUUUAUACGAGGACCAAACAAAUGUAGACUGCAAUGAUCAACAUAGUGAAAAGCGUAGCGAAACACGAAGCGUAUUUCAAUUAUACACUUCUGAAAUGUCAGACAAAGAUUCAAGUUCAUUGCAUGCCCACUCGUUGGCAGCAUCCAGGGUCGAGCAAGCACUGUCCGAAGUUGCUUCGUCUCUCAGUUCAUUUACGCCUCGACCAGGACCACAGAGAGCUUGGCUUCUGCAACUUCAGGUCUGGCUGUUGCUCUCUGAGGUUUAUUUGGACUUGGACCGCCCUACGCCAGCUACAUUGUCAUUGCAAGAAGCAAGCAAUAUAUUUCCACUCAGUCACCACAUUAUGUACACUAGAGGCCUUCUGCACGAGCACAAGCAAGAAUACAUUGAAGCCAAGCAAUGUUUUCAGAAUGCAGUUUCGAUCAAUCCUUCACACAUAAAGAGCCUUCAACAUUUGGGGCUAAUUUAUCACUACCUGGGGAGUCAGAGGCUUGCUGAAAAAACUCUCCGAGAAGCGGCGAAAAUAGAUCCCAAUUCUCAUCAAACUUGGUACAAUUUAGGAAAAGUGCUUGAAUCUUUGGGGGAAGUGGAUGCAGCAAGUGAUUGUAUGGCAACAGCAUUAGAAGUUGAAACGACUAAUCCAAUUUUACCCAUAUUUUCCAUCCCAUUAACGUUUGAAUAGAUUAUUGGAAAAAAAAUUGUAAAAUAAAUACGCCUCUCGUGCAUAAAAAUAUAUAAGUAUUAUAAAUAUAUAUAUAUAAAUAUAUUAAAUAUACAUGUUAUAUAUUCUGUGACCUGUUUAUCUAGAUAUAAUAUGUAAUUAAUGUACAUCACAUUCGUCAGGUAUGAAU